CCGACACACCUUUACAAGAUCAAGUCGUUUACGUAUAUUGCAUUAGGAAAACAUUUGAAAUGGCGGCAGACAAUCUUUCUAAAGGACUUCUUGAAUUAUUUUCACCCUUCAGGGUUCAAUGUGGAGAUACUGCCUGUACAUGGCCUAAAGAGCUAUGUAACAGAGAUCGUGAACAAUUUACUAUUUGUAAGGGAGCGUCCCCUAUGACGUAUCUUCAAUCCAAUUUUGAUGAACAUUUCAAAAGCCUAUGCAACAAUUUUACAGAGGAGAUUCAACCAAUAAAUAGUUAUUCCUAUGCCUACUUAUUUUAUGGAAGUAUCACACUGAAUGUUUUACUGUUAUUACUAACCAUGUGUUUAGUUAUCCGUUUUGUGCAAAUGAAACAACAAAAGCACACAAGUUCGAAGGAGACAGAGAGUGAAAAUCAAGUAAAAAAGCCUGGAAUUACCAGAAGUAUGUGUGAGAACAGUGAAGAAAAAACUUGUAAUACUAUGCACCCAACGGAAGACAGUGGGAAGUUGCUUUUGAGUAGCAGUCAUAACAGUUAUGAUUUAGAAAGUCAACAGUGUACGUGCUGUUUCUCAUCUACCUCUACAAGCACUGAAACAAAGAGUGUAUGAACAUUGCUGAAAGGGACUUUCAACGUCUCGUUAAUUUGCCGGUGGAAUCGUCAUUUUGAUAUCUUUAAGAACACAUAUAAGUAUACGAGAAAUAAUAACCACAACAGUUGAAUUAACAUGUGUCAUAUUAGGGUGUGUUUUGUUAGGGAAGAGAAACGUUUGCGCGAUUUAUUAAAUGAAAAGAUUCCUGUGUUGAUAUUGAAAAACUUAUAUGCUGUAAAAUAAUUUGAUUUGAACAUGUUUAACAAUGAUAGUUUCUGUUCAAAAAGCAGGGUACUUAAUAAAGAGAUAACAUUAAGUUUUAUAAAUUUGAA